AUACCAUGCGACCAGGACCCACGCCGAUCAGUAAUAAGUAGUACCCCUCCCCUUUAGCCAAUGCUUGCAUAGAUACAUACUCCAUAGCUAGUUCCCAUUCAACCAUGGAUAGAGAACAAGAAGAAAAGCAGCUUCUCCACAUAGUGAUGUUCCCAUGGCUAGCCUUCGGACACAUCAUCCCAUACCUUGAACUAGCCAAACUCAUAGCUCAAAAGGGUCAUAAAAUCAGCUUCAUAUCCACCCCAAGAAACACACAACGCCUCCCAAAACUCCCACCAAACUUAGCCCCUCUCAUCAAAUUCGUGAACUUGCCACUUCCAAAGCUCAAAAACCUCCCUGAAAACGCAGAGGCCACCACCGACGUCCCAUACGACGUCGUACCGCUUCUGAAGAAGGCCUACGACGCUCUCCAACAACCCUUGACAAUUUUUCUAGAAUCUUCCAACGCUGAUUGGAUCUUGUACGAUUUUGCACCCUUCUGGGUGCCUUCUGUGGCUUCCAAAUUUGGAAUCAGGAGUGUGUUGUUCAGCAUUUUUACUCCGCCGUUUAUGGCAUUCAUGGGACCUCCUGCUUUUCUCAUGCGUGUUGAAGAGCCGGUGAGGAAAGUAGCUGAAGACUUCACGGUUGCUCCGCCGUGGAUUCAUUUUCCGACCACCGUCGCGUUCCGCUAUUUUGAAGUCAUGAGGAACUCGAGCUGCGCUGCUGACAAUGACUCUGGCGCGACGGAUAUAUACCGGAUAGGGGCUAGUGUACAGAACUGCGAUUUCGUGGCGAUUCGAGGCUGCACUGAAUUUGAAAAUGAAUGGUUUCAGGUGCUCGAGAACAUUUACAAGAAGCCAGUUCUCCCUGUUGGCCAACUCCCAAGCACGGAGCAUAAUGAAUGGAACAACGACGACAAUGAAUGCGAAUGGAUAAAGGAUUGGUUAGACAAGCAGGUACGCGGCACAGUGGUGUACGUGGCAUUCGGAAGCGAAGCGAAACCGAGCCAAGACGAGCUCACAGAGAUAGCUAUGGGCUUGGAGAAGUCGAAGCUUCCGUUUUUCUGGGCCCUGAGGCUUCAACGCGGGCCUGCAGACCCAGAGGUGCUGCGGUUACCGGAUGGUUUUGAGGAACGGUCCGGGCGCGGGGUGGUGUGCACCACUUGGGCUCCGCAGGUGAAAAUUUUGGGCCACGAGGCAGUUGGUGGGUUCUUGACUCACUCGGGUUGGACCUCGGUGGUAGAGGCGGUUCAGAACGAGAAGCCGUUGGUUCUGCUUACGUUUCUUGUGGACCAAGGGAUAAAUGCAAGGGUGUUGGAGGAGAAGAAGAUGGGGUACUCAGUGCCAAGAGAUGAUCGAGAUGGAUCGUUCACUAGUGACUCGAUGGCUGACUCGUUGAGGCUGGUCAUGGUUGCGGAAGAAGGAAGGGUUUACAGGGAAAAUAUUAGUGAGAUGAAGGACUUAUUUGUGAAUAGAGAUAAACAAGAAAAGUAUAUUGAGAAUUUGCUCAACUACCUCAAAAGGUUACCAAAAACUUAAUCCCGUAGCUAGUUGUGUUGUUGAUUUUUUUUUUUCAAACAUUGUUAAAUUGGGGUUGUCUAAAGGUUAGUGUAUCAUACCCCGAAUUAUGUAUUGAGAGAAACAUGCCACAUGUCAUGUUCUCAUUAUUUUCGCUUUUACUUAAGGGCGUUGUUCCGUCAUCCAUUUAAAAUUGGAAGGUAUUGUGGAAAAAAAAAAGAAGUUGAGAUUUUGUGUCGUGGUAAGUCAUUACCUUCCAGUGCAAAUUUCAAUUGUUAGUUUUACCUCAGGUUAACACAAUUACGUUUUGGCUCGUUUUACCCUAAGUUAACACAACUACGUUUUGACUCGUAAAUGUUCUCCAGCUCUUGAAACCACUAGGGUUGGAACUCGGAGAAACCUCGUACCAGCACGAUGUCAGAGUUGUUGAUGCAGGCACUGAACUGGUUCAGGUCCGAGACACUUGAGUCGUUUUCAGAGAGUGUGUCUAAUACCUUCAUGAUCUCAAACAUACAAUACACCACGGUGGUUGGGAAAUUAAACAACAAC